AUGGGUAAAGAUCUUGCACAUUACAGCUACAUACAAGCUCUCAAAGGUAGCGAUGAGGAUGAUCCUCAUCAAGUGCUCUGGUUAAUGAAGGAGAAUACUAAGGGCAAAAACUUCGUCGUAAUGAAGGCUGGUAUAGAAAAUAUAUCUAAAAUGAACGAGUUCUUAUUGAUGAAGAAAUUAGAACAUCAAAAUAUUGUAAAAGUCUACGAAAUGGUUCAGUUUCCAUUUAAUUCAUACUUCUAUUACGGAUUUACGAUGCAAUGGGGCGAUCAAGGAACAUUGGCAGAUUUUAUAAGAUUACAGGCAACAUCAGUUUGGUUAUGGAUCGAAAGAGAUGCGUUCAAAUUAAUUUCUCAACUCGUCUAUGGAAUGUCUUUUAUUCAUCAGCAAAAACUUAUUCACAACGAUAUUCGACCGAAAAAUAUUUUCAUUAGUGGAAUUGGCAAUCAACUUUUGAUUGGAGAUUUUAAACUUUCAGUUGAAAGUGGAAAAACUUCAAAUAUUAUAAAGAAAGGGAAUUCAAGAUUUAUUCCACCUGUGUGUUUUGGUUCAAUGCAAGUUUACAAUUUCAGAACAGAUGUUUGGGCAGUUGGUGUUGUUAUUUAUAUGAUCAGUUAUUUAAAGAAUCCUUUUGAGGACGAUAGUGAUUUUCAAAUGGUUAAGAAAAUUCGCGAAGGACAAUAUGAGACACCUGCUCGAAACUUCCCUAAUUGCGAUUCUCUUAUCAAGUAUUGUCUUCAAAAAGAUCCUGCAAAUCGUGUCGAAGAUUGUUGUUCCUUAGCUAAGAAUCCUCUUAUUUCAAAUUUUAUCUCACAACUGGAAGCAAAGAUUCAUCCAAAUAAUUUUCAAUUUGAAAAACCCAAAGAAAAUGAAAGAGAAAAUUCAAUUAAAGAUUCCAGCGAUUAUUCAGAAUCUCUAAUAACAGAUACCACUCCACCUGGCUUUGAAAACACCACCGAAACUUCUGGCAUAUCAGAGCAGGAAAUCUGGAAUAUGAUUAACAGAAAACUUGAUCCACUUUGGGAUUGUGUAAGCGAUUUACAAAAGAAUAAGUACAACACAAGCGCUGCAAUAAAGACUUUGCAGAAAGAUGUGGAAGUUUUAAAGACCAAAACUCAAGAUAUAAACGAAAAUGCAGCAAACCAUGAUCUGACCGUUGAUAAUCUCGUCGAUGAAAAAGAGCAAUUAAAAAUUGAAAAUGAGACAUUCAGCCGUUCAAAAUAUAUAAGAAAUCAAAAUCAUUACAAAAAAGAAGAAGAAAUUAUCUACUGGGUAUAA